GACUUCUCUGGAAAAAAAAGACAACAUAUUUUUUAAUCUCAGAUUAUUUUAUUAAGCUUUACAUUAAAACUUGAUGCUCAUUGUUGAUUUUAGCUGUUCUCUAUAUAAUAAUGGAUUAAAAUAAUACAGACAGAGAAAACACAUGACUUACUGAACAAAAGGUCGCAGAGAAAGAAACUUUCUAUUCUUCAUAAAUGAUCUUUUCAUAAUGUCAGUUACUUUCAACACAUUAUUCAUAAUAACAUCUGCAGCGUUGGCCCUCCAUCAUCAUCAUUUUAAUCUCAGCUGCCUUCCUCUUAUUCCUCCAUAUGGAGGUAAAAGUUGGUUGACUUGUAAUUUUAUUUAUUUUUCGUGAUGGGGAAGAAAAGCCGAGAUGCCCUUUACGCAUAAACACACUUUUAUUGUGAAAACGUGAGUCUUAUUUUGUCAGCCGGAAGUGAUGUCACCGUCAACAAACCGAUUCACUGGUUGUUCGUUCACUUUAAUAAACCAACGCUUCUUGUUUCUCUUUAAUGUAUCCGUCUGGGCUUUUCCGAACCGGCAUCGAACUUAAAUCUUAUUCCAGCUGCUGCCUCGAAUAAAACCCAGCAACCGGAAGUCGAAGCGUUCCCGCGCAAAUGAUCCUGAGGAAGAGGAAGGUGGACAGAGAUGAGUGAGAGCGGGACUCAGCUGUUUGCCCGUCUGGAGGCCCGGCGCUGCCUGAAGGACGUUGAGCCUCGGCUGUUUGCCGGUGAUGGAGGACCUGACCGUGGGGAGGUGGUGGAGGUGUACGGUCCGGAGGGGACAGGUGAGGUUUCAUUGGGUCCACGGGUGCCGUGUCCUGACCCACUUGAGCCCUUUUGUUCUGGUGUCUCCAGGAAAGACGGAGCUGCUCUACCACCUGCUGUGUCGCUGCGUCCUGCCAGAGACAGCUGGCGGUCUGGAGGUGGACGUCGUCUUUGUGGACACACUCUACAGUCUGGACAUGUUCCGGCUGGCCAGUGUUCUGGACAGUCGACUGAACGUGAUUCUGCCGGGUCUGAUGAUGCGGUUCUGCGCUCGUGUCUGUCUCGCCUCCUGGUGGUCCGCUGCUCCUGUUCUUCCCAGCUCCUCCUCACCCUUCACUUCCUGGAGACCACCUUGUCUUCUCGACCCAGAGCAGCGCUCCUUCUCAUUGACAGCAUCUCGGCGUUCUAUUGGUCGGAUCGCAGUGAGGGCGGAGCCAGCGUUGCCAAGCAGGAGGAGAAGCUCAGCAGGUGUUCGGAGCUGCUGGGUCGACUGCUCAGGGACUUCAGAAUCACCAUCUUUGCAACCUGCCACCCCAUCAGGAGAGGUUCCAAUGGACCACAAUCCUCCUCAGAGGCAGACCGGUCCCACCUCUGCCGUGCCUGGCAGCGUCUGGUGACCCAUCGGCUGGUUUGCUCCAGACAGGAAGCUGAACAUAACCCAGCAAAUGGAGACGAAGGGAGCGGAGAGCAGAGGAACUGGCAGGUCUUCACCGUCCACUGCUCCUCCUGGACCGGCACCAAGGCUUCCAGGGUCAGCUCCUUCAGAGUGACGGAUGGUGGCGUGGAGUUCAUCUGGACCCCCAGACCUCCUCCUGCUCUUUAAAGACUCACUGUUGAUGUUUGUAACUUCAUUAUGAUGACAUGUUGGGAUUUAAUAAAACCAGAGAUGGAUCGGAAUCUG